AUGGCACUUCGAAAACGCCUGGAGCUCCGCUCCGAAAACGCCGGACUCGGCACGGAGGGGGGCCGGCUUUCCAACAAAGACAUGGAUCCCAUCCCGAUGGGCUCGCCCGAACGCACCUGGGGCUGGCCGAGUUUGCUCGGAUUCUGGGUCGCCGAAGCGUUUUCUAUCUCCAUGUAUCAAGUCUCGUCAACGUCUGUGACGAAAGGUCUCAAUCCUGGUCUGGCCAUCCUCGCCGUAUUCAUCGGCCAUGUCUUGGUAUGCAUUCCGGCAAUACUCGACGGAUAUGUUGGCUGCAUCCUCGGAAUCAACUUCCCGGUUUUCACGAGAGCAUCGUUCGGCAUAAGGGGGUCGUACGCCGCAGUGUUUGUACGCGGAGUCGUUGCUUGCAUCUGGUUCGGCACGCAAUCUUUCCAGGGCGGACAGUGCUUGCAAGUCAUGAUCUCUGCCAUCUGGCCGCAGUUCAAACAUUUCCCGAACCAUUUGUCGGCCGACGCCCACGUCACAAGCUCGGAGCUUCUUUGCUUCUUCCUCUUCAUCAUCGUCCAGUUGCCUCUGCUUUGGUUGCAUGUGAGCAGUCUGAGGUACAUGUUCAUGGUCAAGACGGUCAUCAUGCCAAUCUUUGGCCUGACUCUCUUCAUCUGGGCCAUCGUCGCUGGCAAGGGCUUCGGACCCACGUUUUCCAAACCCACCAUCAUCAAAGACGGAACCCCGGCAGUCGUGGUGUUCUUCCAGUGCGUCACGAGCGCCAUUGGUCCCAAAGCCACCCUCGCUCUGAACAUGCCGGACUUCACCCGAUACGCCAGGGAUCCAAAGCAAGUUUUCUGGACCCAAGCCGUGGGGUUAUGUAUACUCGUGACAAUGUGCGGCGUGUUGGGCGCGACGGUCAGCAGCGCCUCGGAGGUGAUCUACGGCAAGGUGACAUGGAAUCCCUUGGAGGUCGCCGUGCUGUGGGAUAACCGCGCCGCGCAGUUCUUCGCCGGUCUCUGCUGGGCAUUUGCCGUUAUCGGUACGAACAUCAGCGCGAACAGUGUCUCGUUCAGCAAUGACCUUUCGCUCUGGUUUCCGAGGUACAUCAACAACAGGCGUGGGGCCUAUAUAUGCGCCGUCUUUGGCGUGUGCGCCGUGCCGUGGUACAUCCAGUACAGUGCAAAGUCCUUCUCCUCCUUCCUUGGUGGAUAUGCCCUCUUCCUGGGUGCCAUCGCGGGCAUAAUCGUCACCGACUUCUGGAUUUGCCGCGGUCGUAAAGUGGCGGUCUCGUCGCUCUAUAACCCGCGAGGCAUUCACUAUUACACUUUCGGGGUCAACCCUCGAGCUGUGAUUGCUUUCUUUUUCGGCAUUAUCCCGAACAUGCCCGGGCUCGCAGCGGCUUGUGGCGCGAAGGGAAUUCCAAAGGGAGCACUUUAUCUGUACAGCUUGAGCUGGCUGGUCAGUACGGUGGUUUCUGGGUUUACGUAUUGGCUUUGCUGGAAGAUGGUGCCUUUUCCUGUUGACGACAGACGAGAGCAGCUGUACGUCGACGGACUGCCGGAGACGGAAGAAUCGAUCGGGUCAGAGCAGGGCAUGGAGACCAAAGACCCAGAUGUUAAGCCGGUUUGA